AUGGCGGCUCCCAGCCUCCUUAACUGGAGGCGGGUUUCCUCCUUCACGGGGCCGGUUCCCCGCGCCCGGCACGGACACCGGGCAGUGGCCAUUCGGGAGCUGAUGAUCAUCUUUGGAGGGGGCAAUGAGGGCAUCGCGGACGAGCUGCACGUCUACAACACCGUUACCAAUCAAUGGUUCCUACCAGCUGUCAGAGGAGACAUCCCUCCAGGCUGUGCUGCCCAUGGAUUUGUCUGUGAUGGUACCAGAAUAUUAGUUUUUGGGGGAAUGGUAGAAUAUGGAAGAUACAGCAAUGAGUUAUAUGAAUUACAAGCAAGUCGUUGGUUGUGGAAAAAAGUGAGACCCCAGCCCCCCGCUUCUGGAUUACCUCCUUGUCCUCGGCUUGGACAUAGCUUCUCUUUAUAUGGUAACAAAUGCUAUUUGUUUGGUGGCCUGGCAAAUGAAAGUGAAGACUCAAACAAUAAUGUUCCCAGAUAUUUAAAUGAUUUCUAUGAGUUGGACCUGCAGCAUGGUUCUGGUGUUGUGGGUUGGAGCAUUCCAGUGACGAAAGGGAUCGUGCCUUCUCCAAGAGAAUCCCACACAGCCAUUAUAUAUUGCAAAAAAGAUUCUGGAAGUCCUAAAAUGUAUGUUUUUGGGGGAAUGUGUGGUGCUCGCCUGGAUGACCUAUGGCAACUUGAGUUAGAAACGAUGUCAUGGUCAAAACCAGAAACUAAAGGGACUGUGCCACUUCCACGAAGCCUUCACACAGCCAGUGUUAUAGGAAACAAGAUGUACAUUUUUGGUGGCUGGGUUCCACAUAAGGGGGAAAGUAUUGAGAAUUCGCCUCAUGAUUGUGAAUGGAGAUGUACCAGUUCAUUUUCUUACCUAAACCUGGAUACAGCAGAGUGGACCACCCUAGUAUCAGAUUCUCAAGAAGAUAAGAAAAAUUCAAGACCAAGACCAAGAGCUGGACACUGUGCUGUUGCUAUUGGCUCACGGUUAUACUUUUGGAGUGGAAGAGAUGGCUACAAAAAAGCACUGAAUAGUCAAGUUUGCUGCAAAGAUCUUUGGUAUCUUGAUACUGAGAAACCACCGGCACCUUCACAAGUACAGCUGAUCAAAGCCACUACCAACUCUUUUCAUGUCAAAUGGGAUGAAGUGCCUACAGUUGAGGGCUAUCUUUUGCAGUUGAAUACAGACUUGCCGUACCAAGCUGCAUCAUCAGAUUCUUCAGCAGCGCCAAAUAUGCCAGGAGUCAGGAUGGAGCCUCACAGACAAGGCAGUUAUAGCAUCAUCCCCAACAAUAUCCAUGAUACAGUAAACAGUGCAAAAAUGGAACAUACAGCUCUUAAAGGGACUUCCAUGAAGAACAACCCAGAUCCUAGAGCACCACCUGGUUCUAAUGCCAAUUUAUUGUCAUCUUCAGCAAUGAAUGCUUCUAAUCAUAAUACUUGUAUGAUGGAUGUGUUAAGGAAAAGUGAAGGUCCUCAUACUUCAGCAAAUGUAGGUGCUCUAAGUAGUUGCCUGGACUUAAGAACUGUAAUUCCUGACACUUCUGUAUCCAGCACUGUUUCCAGUACACACACUAUGGUAACCCAGAAGACCAUUAAAACUGAAUCAUCCAGUACAAAUGGGGCAGUGGUUAAAGAUGAAACUUCACUAACAACAUUCAGUACCAAAUCUGAAGUUGAUGAAACAUGUGCACUGCCUGCAACUAAGAUCAGCCGUGUAGAGACCCAUGCUGCUACCACAAGUCCCUUUUCUAAAGAGAUGCCUUCAAAUCCAGUGACCACAAUGAAAGCAGGAGAACGACAGUGGUGUGAUGUGGGGAUUUUUAAAAAUAAUACAGCCUUGGUGAGCCAGUUUUAUUUGCUGCCAAAAGGGAAGAACAGCAUUUCCAAGAAUGUUGAGGGUAUCCAUCUUUCCUGGGAACCUCCAACCUCACCUUCUGGAAAUAUUUUGGAGUAUUCAGCCUAUUUGGCUAUCCGUACAGCACAGAUACAAGAUAAUCCGAGUCAGCUUGUUUUCAUGAGGAUUUAUUGUGGUCUUAAGACUUCAUGUAUAGUAACUGCUGGACAACUUGCAAAUGCACAGAUUGAUUACACAUCCCGGCCUGCCAUUGUGUUCAGGAUAUCAGCAAAAAAUGAAAAGGGAUAUGGACCAGCAACCCAAGUCCGAUGGCUUCAAGGUAACAAUAAGAAAACACCUUUAUGCUGA